GAGCAUACACGUUUCAUUCAACUAGCAAGAAAGUAAGUUAUUUAUAACCUGCAGCGUCUCCAGGUUGUGAUCCUUGAGUGCGCAGUGAAAGGAAUACUCCCCAUUGGACUGAUGUAGUGUGCCUCCAUAACAAAAGCCACACCGCUCAUGUGCUAUGGUGCCAGAGAGCUACGGCGCACUGUCACCUCAACUAGGACGCGUCGAUGGGAAGAGUCACGCCUGAAAAAAGGGGAUUUUUGGGAAGAGCUGCGAGAAACUUUCAGUUUUGAAUCAUCAAUCAUUUCCCCCUUUGAUAUUUUCCUUCUUGAUGACAAAGCGCCGGUUACUUUGAACAUGGAAAAUCUCAUCUUUGACCAGGGCUGUGAGCUGUAAGUUCAGUGCUGUGAAGAUCUGUGACUGGCUGGGAAAUGGCAGAUAUUCUGGAGCUGCGGACAGAUGGAAACUCACUCCUGAAAGCAGUAUGGCUCAGACGCUUGAGACUCACCAGGCUCCUGUUGGAAGGAGGCGCAUACAUCAACGAGAGCAAUGAACGUGGAGAGACGCCGCUCAUGGUGGCCUGCAUGUCCACACACACUGACCAGCAGAGUGUGGGCAAGUCAAAGCUGGUGAAAUAUCUGCUGGACAACCAGGCAGACCCUAACAUACAGGACAAAGCGGGCAGAACAGCUCUAAUGCACUCAUGCAUCCACAGGGCUGGACAUGAAGUGGUGGAUCACUUGCUGAGCAACGGUGCUGAUCCCAGUCUAGAGGACAGGAGUGGAGCUUCUGCUCUGGUCUACGCCAUCAACGCAGAUGAUAAGAAGACGCUAAAACUACUCCUGGAUGCAUGCAAAGCUAAAGGCAAGGAGGUAAUCAUAAUCACAACAGACAAGUCACCAUCUGGCACCAAAACUACCAAACAGUAUCUAAACGUCCCUCCAUCACCAGAGCUGGUUGAGAGGUCUUCCCCAGCAUACUGUACCUCUCCCUCUGACAUUGAUGUUACUGCAUCUCCCACCCCUGAGCAAGAACAACAAAACACAGUCUUUAGUUUCCAGACAAAGCUAAAAACCUCCAGUGCAGCUGCAAAGCUUGCCAAUGGGCCCACGUCUCCAACACGCCGGCCCGCAAACCCCAAACGUGCGCGUCUGCCUCAGCUCAAGCGGCUGCAAUCAGAACCGUGGGGCCUGAUUGCGCCGUCUGUCCUGGCUGCAGCUGCCGCCCAUGAGGAGAGUAAGAAAGCAAGCUCUGAUGAGGACGUUGUUGCAGGCGUAAAUGGGCUCUCCCUGAGCAAGAGGUCAGCUUUAUCCCGACAGAACAGUGUGGAUGGGAAGGACAGCUUAUUCCCACUAGUGGGUGACCAGCCCUGCAAAAUGACAACCUCAAUAUCUAUUCCUCCAACAGCUAAACCAUCGUAUGAAAGAUCUCUAGGCCAGCACCAGCCACUGGCACGGCGUAGCACUGUGCCCACAGAGCAGGAGAGCAGCAGCUGCAGCAGUGGACUGGCUGGUCUGAGAGACACAAUGCACAGAAGACGUCUAGGAAACGAUCACUAUGACUCAGACUCGCAGCUCUAUUCAGACUCUGCCAUGUCAGACUCUCCUAAGGUCCCAGUGGAGCGAAGGAAACUAAACACCUCUCCGCUUGUGAUGCUGACCAGCUCGCGAGAAUCUCUAGACAGCAAUGCCAGCACAUCCUCUCCCAGCACAGCACGCAGGCGAGCACCCGGCCUCCUGGAGAGGAGGGGCUCGGGCACGCUGCUGCUGGACCACAUCUCCCACACCAGGCCUGGCCACCUGCCUCCUCUCAACAUCAACCCAAACCCUCCCAUUCCUGAUAUCGGGGCCAGCACCAAGCCCUCCUCACCACUGGCCACAGGUAUUAGAUCUAUAGCUCCAGUAGCACCAAACACACCAAAGAGAGGUGGCCUCAAGUCGAAGAAGAAGCUCGUGAGAAGGCACUCUAUGCAAGUGGAGCAGAUGAAACAGCUUUCUGAUUUUGAAGAAGUUGCUCAUUAAUUAGGGAUGGCAUUCAUGCAGCAAAUGUUGUGGAAGUGGAAACGUUAACACCAUAAAUCGCCAGGAAGCACAUCCAUAGGUUCAGUUGUGUAGACACACAGCCAUCUAAAUGUUGAAUAAUGUAUAAUUUAGAACAUAUAUAUAUAUAUACAUACACUGAAACUGAGCAAUAUAGAUAGAGUUCCUCCCUUUGUUACACCCGACCUUAAGGAUUACUGUCUUUUGACUGCACCACAUCUUCUGUAUAUGUAUUACAGUUUUGAAUGUAAAUGCCAAGACAUGGCACCUUUCCUCUGAACUAGCUCUCUUACAUGAUGAUGUAAUGUGUAGGGAACAUACAGGGUUCAUUUGUAGCCAGCAGGCCACUUGGGUGCACUUUGUGCAUAUGUAAUUAGCACCGUUAAUGGACUUUUUCCAGAGAAGAAAAAAAAAAUGUGAUGCACUUGUCUGAGAUGUAGCUUUGAGUAAGAUGAAAUUUGACUGUAGCAAUUCUGUACAAAGUGCCUUCAAGAUCAAGAAACCUAAAAAAGACCGAGCAGAUACAGUUAUUGUAGUAAGACCAUUUUAAUUCAUGUUAACCAACAUGUGUUUUCUUUCAAUAUUGUUGGUCUCACAUGGAACAGAAUGAAGACUCACGAUGAAUACACAUGAUGUGAAUGAACAAUAUGCCUUAAGAAGCAGGUAAAAUUAUGGGCUAUAUAGAACAGCACUUUAUUGCCCAGGAGUUAAAAAAAAAUGUCACUAUUAACAGUGUUACAAAAGCUUGCCAGAGCACAUGUAAUUCAUAUACGAUUAAUCCAAGUAACACUGAAUGACAUUCAAGCCCUUAGCCAAUACAGACUUCGGUGAAACUUCAAGUAAAAUGUCAUUUCACGCUAAUGGCAAUCAAAACUAAAGAUCACACAGCUUCCAUGUAACGUACCUGUGAAGCACUGCUUCUGUUUAAGAAAAAAAACUUAAUUUAUUCCAUAGUAUUUUUGCAAGUAGUUUGUUGUAUAUUCUAAAUAAAUGUCUAUCACUUGUGAA